UGCUCCCUCUCUCUCUCUCUCUCGCUCCCUCCCUCCCUCUCUCGUUCUCUCCAUCUCUCAGUGCCUCUCUCACCUGCAGGCUGCCAGUGAUUCUGCAGAGUGGGUAAAUAUAGGCCCAGUGAAGGAUGCAUUGAGGGGAGAGAGGGCCAGCGAGCUGCAGGCAGUGCUGCAGAGAGCCGGGACAGGGCAGGGGCGGAGAGGUGUGCGGGAGGUACAGGGGUUUUAAGGUUGUGGGGGGAGGGGGACAGGGGGGACAGCAGCAGUCUCUGCUUCUCCCUGCAGUGGAACAGCGUUGGUGUGGGAAUUGGAAGGUUUUUUUUGGAGGGGAGUGGGGGUGGCGCGUUGGGGCUGCGAGAGCAAUACACUCUGCAGAGAGAUGCGGAGAGGAGCUCAGGGAGGGGAAGAGGGGGGCAGCCCUCUUACCCCCCUUCCCCACAGGCGGGGAGUCCGGCCCGGCUGCCCAAAACCGUCCCUGGGAGCCUGUGCCCAGGAUUAGAGUCCCUCCUGGCCUGGAACGCUCUGGAGGAAAGGAGCGAGAGGAGAUGUAGUGUGAGAGGAGAGCUGAACAAGGACGUCGCUGUGCUGUGGGCCGCUGCAAGGAGAGGAGGACUCUGGGAUAGAGGGACACUCCAGCGGGGGACUCAGCGACCUGGGCACCCGGUGGGUCAGGAAGAUGCCCUCCCGCUGCCGGACGGCUCUGCACAUCGUGGGCACCACGCUCUUCGCCGCGGUCGUCCUGUUCGGGAUCCUCCUGGCCUACGUGACGGGCUACCAGUUCAUCCACACCGAGCAGCACCACCUGUCCUUCGGGCUCUACGGCGCCAUCCUGGGGCUGCACCUGUUCCUGCAGAGCCUCUUCGCCUUCCUGGAGCACCGGCGCAUGCGGCGGCCGGCCCCGCCGCGGCUCCUGCGCCGCUCGGUGGCGCUCUGCAUCGCCGCCUACCAGGAGGCGCCCGACUACCUGCGCAAGUGCCUGCGCAGCGUGCGCCGCCUCUCCCACCCCGGCCUGAAGGUGGUGCUGGUGGUGGACGGCAACCGGCCGGAGGACGCCUACAUGAUGGACAUCUUCCGCGAGGUGAUGGGGGCGGAGCAGGCGGGCUGCGCGGUGUGGGGCGGGAACUACCACUCGGAGGGGACGCGGGCGGAGGACGCGGCGUGGGUGGCGCGGGUGGUGCGCGGCUGCCAGCACUCCUGCAUCAUGCAGCAGUGGGGCGGCAAGCGGGAGGUGAUGUACACCGCCUUCAAGGCCCUGGGGGACACGGUGGACUACAUGCAGGUGUGUGACUCGGACACAGUUCUGGACCCUGCCUGCACCAUAGAGAUGCUGAAGAUUCUGGAAGAGGAUCCGGAGGUGGGAGGAGUCGGAGGAGAUGUACAGCGCUCGUAUCUCCCCCCUGUCCCUGCAGAUCCUGAACAAGUACGACUCGUGGAUCUCCUUCCUGAGCAGCGUGCGGUACUGGAUGGCGUUCAACGUGGAGCGGGCGUGCCAGUCCUACUUCGGCUGCGUGCAGUGCAUCAGCGGGCCGCUGGGCAUGUACCGCAACAGCCUGCUGCAGCGCUUCCUGGAGCCCUGGUACCAGCAGACCUUCCUGGGCACCAAGUGCAGCUUCGGCGACGACCGGCACCUGACCAACCGCGUGCUCAGCCUGGGCUUCAAGACCAAGUUCACCGCGCGGGCCAAGUGCCUGACGGAGACGCCCACGGGCUACCUGCGCUGGCUCAACCAGCAGACGCGCUGGAGCAAGUCCUACUUCCGCGAGUGGCUCUACAACGCCCUGUGGUUCCACAAGCACAGCCUGUGGAUGACCUACGAGUCGGUGGUGACCGGCUUCUUCCCCUUCUUCCUGGUGGCCACGGUCAUCCAGCUCUUCUACCGCGGGCGGCUGUGGAACAUCCUGCUCUUCCUGCUGACGGUGCAGCUGGUGGGCGUGGUCAAGGCGGUCUACGCCUGCUUCCUGCGGGGCAGCGUGGUGAUGAUCUUCAUGUCGCUCUACUCCCUGCUCUACAUGUCCAGCCUGCUCCCCGCCAAGAUCUUCGCCCUGCUCACCAUCAACCAGGCCGGCUGGGGCACCUCGGGCCGCCGGAAGAUCGUGGUCAACUUCAUGGGGGCGGUGCCCGUGACGGCGUGGGCAUGCGUGCUGCUGGGGGGCGUGGCCUACACCAUCUACUGCGAGGCGCGGGCGGGGCUGGAGGGCACGGAGCGGGCGCUGCUGGUGGCGGGGGCGGCGCUCUACGCCUGCUACUGGGCCGCCCUGCUGGCGCUCUACCUGGCCAUCGUGGCCAAGCGCUGCAACAAGCGGGAGGAGCAGUACAGCCUGGCCUACGGCGAGGUCUAGGACACGCCCCCCUCCCCACCACCCCACCCCAAACUCCCUCCCUUUCUCACUGGUGCUGCUGACACAGCUGAUCCUGAGGCCCCGCCCCUCCCCCAGGUGCUACAGUUCCCAGCUCAUCGGGGCUCCCUCUGACUCUCGCCCUCGCAAACUGCAUGCUGGGUCUCCCGUGCCAAAGUUCAGGGGCUUUGUUCUUUGUUUUUUCGCGUUUCAGACUGAACUCUUACGGGGAUUAUGGUGUGUCUCCUAAGGGGGGGGGGGUGCUGAGGGUCACUAGUUUGUGCUACGCUGGUGCGGUGCUUUUCCGGAAACCAGAGGCGUUAAGUACAUACCGGUUUAAGUUCUGGGGAGGGGGAGAGGAGGCGGGUUUUCGCUCUUCCAGGGCGUAGUGGCCAUCUUGGCUCUCAGCAGACAGGAAGAGGCCGGCUGAGGCAGGAAGCUGGGCAACAGAAAUAACACUGAUUUGAUAACACCGACUCAGCAACACGGACUCCUGCUUCACACUGGGUAGGACCGUGGAGCUCUGCCAUGACUCUCUCUACUGGUGCACUUUUAAAAUCCUAACAUGUAACUGACAAUCCAGCCUUUGUACAGAAAUGGUCUCCUAAGCUGGCCAAACACCUUCCACUUUGACGAGUCAUAGGGUGGAUUAUGUGCACUUUUUUAACAUCUACAAAUCUUGAUGGCCAGAACGAGUGGCCUUGCACUCAAAAUCCAUUUGAACUCUUUUAGUGUUUAAAUGAAACCUGCACACGCUUACUCUGUAGAACAAUUUUUUAAUUUGCCACAUUCAGUACAGGAUUAUGCGUUUACAGGUAUAUUUUAAAGAUACAUUUUACUCUCAAAUGCUCUUCCCUCAGUCUCUCCUGAUUGCCCACAGUGGUGUCACAGCCACCAAGAGAGGGUACUGUGAUGAAACACAGCUGCCACUGGAGGGCGCUGUGGUGAGAAGUGCAUCUCCAGGCCAGGCAUGGCAUUAGAAACUUUAUUUUUUAUUUAUUAAAUUUACCAUGUACCGUGUUUCCGGCUUCUGUUCAUUUACAACACCCUUCUCUGUUUAGAGACUUAAGAACUUAGUGGUGAUUCUACCUACAUUGGUGCACGAUUAACGUGCAAUAUAUAAUGCACCGUUUACAGCUGCUGGAAACGAAGUCUGUUGUCUUUACUGAAUUUAAAAGUCCCUGGAGUCCCAAAAGCAUCUGGGAUGCAUAGUGGCUUUCUGAACUUGGACCAGAACCGGGCCCUGUAGAACUUACCGGAGUGAGCCAACGAUGAGGUCAGCCUCCCAGGUGCUACGCAUGGGCAGACACUCUUUAACUUCACACGCAUUAUUUUCCUACAUCCAGCGCGUGACGCCGAAACACCAGUGCACUGCCAUUUGCGAGUGCCAUUAUGUCCGUCAGCAUCAACACUGCUCCUAAAUGUGGUCACGACAGCACGAGCAAGCCUGGAUACGGAGAAGUGGGACACAUCCGGACCAACGAACACAUUCUCCGCCAAUCAAAUGUCGCCAUCAUCCCCACUCGCGCCAAUCAAAUCUAUCUCUGUAUCGUCAUCACUGUAUUAAUAUCAUGUGCUGUGAUUUUCCAUGUCAGGCGUUCAAUGAGAGGGAUCUAUGAUAAAUGAAAAAGGCUGAACAGAAUAAUUAUGCGAAACAAAAAGCAGAUCAGGUUGUAACUGAGAAAAAUUAUUAUUUGGUUAAAUAAAGGUGAGAAUCACGUUGCAACAAAAAAGUUAACAGAAUUUUUAAAAGGUAUUGGAAUAUCCCUCUUUGCCGGUACUUCACUGUGCUUUACCAGUACUGCUUUGUUUUAAAUAGUGGAAAGUUCUUGCACCUUUAUAUGUAUUCUGUUGCAUUACAUUGCGUCAAACAAGAACAAAUGUUUCUCAUCAAAGGAUGAUUGUGCAAGCUGAAACGCUGAAGAGCAAACAGGAAAGAGAAAAAAAACGCUUUGCAGCGCAAACAUCAACAGUGCACAUGACCUGUUUUCUUUGAUGGUGGAAUUCCAGGUGAAGAUCAGGUGGAGUUCCCACCACGGACUCUCACAUAUUCAAACUCUGAUUCCGUUCGAAGUGACUGAGUAUCACUGCUCACAGAGUUUAAGUUAGUUUGGCCUUACUCUCAGCCUUAUAAAAGUAGAUCACUGUACAUUGGUGUCCCUCCUGUACAACCUUGCAGUGGUGUGUGUUAUUAGAUUUUAGCAGUUGGAGUCUGUGUUGGAGCGUGUUAUUAGGGUUUGGCAGUUGGAGUCUGUGUUGGAGCGUGUUAUUAGGGUUUGGCAGUUGGGUGUUCGUGGUAGUGUGUUAUUGGAGUUUAGCAGCUGAAGUCCCUGCUGGUGUGUUAUUAGGGUUUGGCAGUUGGAGUCUGUGUUGGCAUGUUAUUAGGGUGUAGCAGUUGGGAGUCCAUGGUGGUGUGUUUUAUUAGGGUGUAGCAGUUGGAGUCUGAGUAGUGCGUGUUAAUUGGGUGUAGCGGCUGGAGGGAAAAUCUUCAUUAUUGCACAUCCAGUCCGGGCUCGGAGAUCCUCAGGGUGAAAUAAAAACUGGAGUACUGAUCUCUGAUCUUCAGCUGGGAAAUUUUUACAAACCAAAUUAUGUUAUUUAUGAUCUUCAACUACCAUCUCCUAAACGCAUAUUCUUUGAUCUACAGCUGUGAGCUUGUUAAAAUGCAGACAUUAAUCAUAACAGCAGACGGAAGUGCACAUGGUGAGAUGCCAGCUAAUAGAGUCAUUGUGGGUGGCUGGACCCUCGAGUUUAAAUGCAAUUUUAUCCCUUUUUCAUGAAUACCUUCUGUUCCAUAAAACAAUGUUACAGUUGCUGUCACUACAUUACUGGAGAUAGUUGAAAUUGCCCUACAGCAAUUUUGCCGAACCAGUUACAGCACAGUGACACCAGUACCAAUAGGCUGUCCUGUCAUUAUAGAGAAAUGCUAUUCUGCACGUUUUAGGCUGGGUGUUUCUCGGUCCAUGUGAUUCUGAGGCUGAUUAGAGAAAACUGGUAUCAGUUACUUUGAAUGGCAGCUUUUCCCCGCUUCAAAAACAGAACCUGGGGUCAGUGUGACGCGCCCUUUAAAAAUCACUCAAAACGUCAAAACGUCAGGUGACAUCAGUCUUGCUGGUUCUUCCAGUUGCUCAAUUCUCCGAUUCUGUUUCCAGGGGUGCAGUUCCGUGACUCACCUCUGUGCGGCACUGUGACACUUUCAAGAAACCAAACAUGUACAUGCAGCCCUUUAACUGGCAUACCAGCUACCACACAGCGCGACAGACACACACACACACUCACUCACACACACACUCACUCAGACACUCACUCUCACACACACACUCACACACACACACACACGCACACACAGCUGUCACAUUAGUAGCAGUUUAAAGGUCCGAAUAUCAAUUCCAGGUCCUAAUCUUCAUACAUUUACCAACAACCAUUCCACUUGGUUGUUCUAGAGGAAUAAUCUUGAGACUGAAACCCUGAUAACUGAACUACUGGCAGUUAUACCUUCAGGACCUUGGGACAAUGUACAGCAUAUCACAUGUAAAUACCUUUUUGUAUUACUAAAAAAAAAACAAGCAUUUGUCUAUUUAAUGACUACAGUGUGACAAACGAUCUUAUGUAAAAUCUGUAAAAGAUGUAUUUUAAAUUAAAGACAUAUUUUUGCCUUGUACGGUGUGGAACUAUAAAUAUGUAUUUAAAUAUAUAUUUUAUUGUGUAUAUAUUUAAAUAUAUAACAUAAUGGAUUUAAGAAAAUCACUGAGCGAUUCAAAUGUAUAUUUUUGCAAUUGGUUAAGGCCCUGUAAGAACCUGUGCAUUUUGAAUAAAUGAACAGUAUUAAAAUAAUAA